AUGGAAAAUGAGAGAAGAUAGCAGCAAGUAAUGAAGUACAAAUAAUUGUAGUCUAACAAAAAAAAGAGCCUUAAUGGUGUUGUUAUGACUGAAGUGAUGGCUCAAAUAAAAUAAACACCAGCCUUCUAAGUAGCUAAAGAUACCAAAUAAAAUGGAGACAAUAUAGAGGAUUAAGAAGGCGAUGAUGCACAGUCACAAAAGUCUUUUAAAAAAAUAAAAACAAUCUAAACAUCAACACAGGGUAAGCAAUAACAACAGAUUCUUAAUUCAGAGCAGAAUAAAUUAAAAAGUGAAAUUAAUUAAUACAGCUAUUAAGGUGCAAAUAGAAGGUAAACUUAAUAAAGAAUAAAAAAGAAGUUUAAUAACAUUGGGACUGAAAAUCUUGAAGAAGCUAUACUGCGUGAUACGUUACAAACUCCUCAAGGACGUAAUGUUGGUCAUUUUAGCUAAGCCUUGGUUUCAACAAGAAAUAGUACGAUGAUAAGAAAUCAUUUGUAAACUCCUAGUAAUAGAUUUAGACAAUCAAGAAAAACAAUGCCUAAGAAGCCAAAGCUCUCGGUGUUUAAGUUUACCUCUUCGAAUAAUUUGGAAAUGGAGAGAAAUAAUAACUCAUAGGGAAGUGACCAGACUGAAAUGGAAAAGUAUUAGGAUGAUUAGACCGAAUUCGAAAGAUAAAGCAUGAGCUCUUAGACCACAUAUUUUUAAAGGGGAGAUGAAACUAGAUCAUAAAUUGAUGGCCAGUCAGAUACAAGUUUUGCUCGAAUAGAUGAUUCAAGAUCAAUGAAAAGUGGAAUGUCAGAAACUUCUUUUAGGAGAAUAGAUAGUGGAUCAGUUUUCAGUAAAGGAUCACAGUAAUUUUUUUCAAAAGUUACUGGGGACGGAAAGAGAAGUCUACCUUAUCAGAAAAAUAGGUUUUCAGGUUAGUAGAAGUUCUAAAUGGAUGGCAUGAGUUAAGGAUAGAGCACAAUAAUGAUGGAAGGGGAGGCUUAAUGGGAUGAUUACUAUGAUGAGGAAUAUGAUGACGAUUCAAAUCUUACUGACUUUAUAAUAUUGAGAGAUGAGGAUUAGCUAGAUGUAACAGAAUUUUAUAAAUAAGAAGAUGGCGAUAAUAAGAAACAGAAGAAAAGAUCAAAGUCACUCGAUUAAGGGAAACAGAUUGAUAUAAAGGAAGUAGCAAUGAAAAAAACUCAAAUGGUGGGAUACAAUUAUGAUCCAAAGAUGAUGACAUCAAGAAUGUCAGAGGUGAAAAAGAGGGAUAGUAAUAACUCUGGAAUCUUCUAAUUCCCUAAGAAUAACAACAAAAGAGCAAGGAUGUCAGAGAGAAGUAGUCAAAUGGAUAUGCAAAGUGAGGUAUACAUAGUUGAUAAUGAAACAGAACUCUAACAUUACUACGACGAAGUAGAGUACGGCGAUGAGGAAGAAAAUGAGUCAGAGUUUAGAAGGAUUGAUGAUCAAUCCAGUGUUAAUGAUUUCUGA